AUGCUUUCAAACCCUUCAACAUCUGCCAUGCUCACCUUUUCUUCUGCUAGGGUGAGAGCUGGGUUUAGUGUGUGGCCUAAUGUGAGGCAACUUUGCUUUAGAAAAGGUAUUCUGUAUGGAUUUAUGCGAAUGUGUUCUACUCCGUAUAAAACACUGUGUGGAGGAGCUAGUCGCUCGCUCAAAGUGGCUCGGUUUUGUAGUGUCGCGAAUAUGUCUUCCACAUUGCAGAUUGAAUUGGUACCUUGCUUGAGUGACAAUUAUGCAUACCUUUUACAUGAUGUUGAUACGGGCACGGUUGGAGUUGUGGAUCCUUCUGAAGCUUUGCCUGUCAUUGAUGCGUUAAGCAAGAAAAAUCGAAAUUUGAAUUACAUACUCAACACUCACCAUCAUCAUGAUCACACUGGUGGAAAUGUAGAGUUAAAAGCAAGAUAUGGGGCAAAGGUGAUUGGUUCAGGAGCUGACAAGGAAAGGAUUCCUGGCAUUGAUAUCCUUUUGAAUGACGGUGAUAAGUGGAUGUUUGCUGGCCAUGAGGUGCAUGUAAUGGAAACACCUGGACACACUCGAGGUCACAUAAGCUUCUACGUUCCGGGAUCUGGGGCAAUCUUUACAGGAGACACUUUGUUCAGUUUAUCAUGUGGCAAACUCUUUGAAGGAAGCCCUGAACAGAUGCAGUCUUCGCUUAAAAAGAUCACGUCUUUACCAGACAAUACAAGUAUAUACUGUGGACACGAGUACACAUUGAGUAAUGCAAAGUUUGCAUUAUCGGUUGAACCUGAAAACAAGGAACUUCGAUCCUAUGCUGCCCAUGUUACUUACCUCCGAAGUAAAGGUUUGCCCACGAUUCCAACCAUAUUGAAGUUGGAAAAAGCUUGCAAUCCAUUCCUUCGAACAUCCAGUGCACAAAUCCGGAAAUCGUUAAACAUUGCAGUCACAGCAGAUGAUGCAGAAGCCCUGGGUAUCAUCCGGCAAGCAAAGGAUGAUUUUUAG